AUGGCGGCGUACAGUGAAAAAUGUGGAGACGAUUGUGCCUUUGACUAUAAUGAGGAUAAACAGAAAGGAGUGUGUUUAAUCAAAGCAGAGUAUAUUCUUGAUGAUCACGUGAGACUCUUAAGCGAAGAGUGUUUAACAGAAAGGGACAAACAAAAAGUUUCCAACAAUGCAGAGGAUGAACCAACUGCAGUGGUUGAACCACCGAAUAAAAGAUUUAAGAAUGACAACAAAAAGGAGAAACUUAGGGGUCAAAAUAAAGCUAGGCCAGCUCCAUUCAAGGCUCAGCGACAGGUGAAUCUGUGCCCUUGGAUAGCAGAUCAAGCUGUGGGUGAACCCGAAAAGAAAUGCGACAACAAACGUUGCACAUUUUUGCAUGACAGGGUAGAGUACUUAAAAAUAAAGCCAGAUGACAUUGGGACAGAAUGCUAUCUAUUCAAUCGCAGUGGCAAAUGUCCCAGAGGUGCUGCGUGUAGAAUAGGCUCUAAACAUUUGACAGAGGAUGGUCUGAAUAUUAUUGAUAAAGAAAAGGAGGAAGAAUUUAAGACGAGGCUUCCUUCUACCAAGAAUCACUUGAAUAAGAAUCUUCAAAUGCAGCUGAGAAAACACAAGUACAAUUUCUCCAAAGCUGAGAAAACUGUCCGAGCAAACGAGCCAUCCAGGAAAAAGGCAACUGUAGAGAAAGAAACCGAGCAAUCCAUAGUAAAAAAUGGUUCUGCUACAGAUAUUCCAGUAACUGAAUCUAAUAAUGAAACCUCUGUGAUAAAUAAUACAGAGAAAAAUAUUGGCCCAGUCGAUGACUCUGAUCUAAUAAAGUGUAGAGCUUCGGAAAAGAAGAAAAUUGAUUGGAAGAAUAAAAUAUUGUUGAGUCCCCUGACAACUGUAGGUAAUUUGCCAUUUAGGAGAAUCUGCAAAGAGUAUGGUGCAGACAUAACUUGUGGAGAAAUGGCUCUGGCACCAAAGAUAUUGCAAGGAGCUCACGAGGAAUGGGCACUUGUUAAAAGGCACGAAUCAGAGGAUGUCUUUGGUGUACAACUAUGUGGUAAUAAUCCGGGCGUACUAACCAGAUGUGCGCAAUUAUUGGACGAAGAAAUUGAUAUUGACUUCAUUGAUCUGAAUCUGGGGUGUCCUAUAGACUUGAUCUAUAGACAGGGAGGUGGCAGUGGAAUGCUUAAUCGGCUGAAUGUAUUAGAAACUGUUGUGAAAUCUGUUAGUCAAGUUAUGAGUAUACCAUUAACUGUCAAAACUAGAACAGGUGUCUAUAUUGACAAACCGAUCGCCCAUAAUCUAAUACCGAAGUUUCGUGACUGGGGCGUAUCCAUGAUCACUGUUCAUGGUCGAUCGCGUGAACAGAGAUAUACAAAGUUAGCUGACUGGGAGUACAUAGACAAAUGCGCAAAAGCAGCACAUCCUGUACCUGUGUUUGGAAACGGUGACAUUCUGUCGUUCAAUGAUUACCAGAGGAUUCAAAAUACCUACACAAAUGUACAGGGUAUCACCGUAGGUCGUGGUGCAUUAAUAAAACCAUGGAUAUUUACUGAAAUAAAAGAGAAAAAGUUGCUAGAUGUCUCGAGCUCGGAAAGAUUUGAUAUUUUAAAAAAGUAUGCCAAUUACGGUCUCGAACAUUGGGGCUCGGAUACCCGAGGAGUUGAAACAACAAGAAGGUUUAUGUUAGAGUGGAUUUCUUUUUUGCACAGGUAUAUUCCUAUCGGUAUUUUGGAGAGACCUCCGCAAAGAAUCAACGAGAGACCGCCAUUUUACCGAGGUCGCGAUGACAUGGAAACAAUGAUGGCCAGUUCGAACUGUGCAGAUUGGAUUAAAUUAUCGGAGAUGUUACUAGGGAAAGUGCCCGAGGGAUUUCAUUUUUUGCCAAAACACAAGGCGAACUCAUGGAAGUAACAGGUUAGGGAGGAGAUGUAAUGAUGUACAGCGAAUUGUCAUAAAAACAGAAUCAAUAAUUUUAUACGAAGACAUCAUGAAAUAAACAAU